AGAUUCAAAGAACCGAUUCACUAAAAUGAUCCGAUCUUCCCAUCAGUCUUACAGUAAUGGCUCGUUGAUCCUAGAAACUCCGCCUCUCUGGUAGCGUCCGCGUCCCUGAUUGGUGCAUCACUUUUCCACUACGCACCAAUCAAUAGAGACCAAAAAAGAAGUACAUGUCACAAAACCACGGCCCGUUUCCAUGGAAACGAGUACACAAACAAUCUCUUUUUCUGGCGACAGGACAAUCAGGACUGCUUGUGGAUAUUUUUCGAAACAUUUAAUAAUUGCACACUUUAUAUACAAAAAGUUUAAAGAUGCAGGACACCAACACAAACAAAACAAAGAGAGCUGCAUCAGACAUGCCACCACCCAGUGCCGCUAAAAAGCCUCGACUUGAUCAAUCCCUCAUCACUAGUGCAUUAAAAACACUGCAGGAUUCCUGUGCAGAUGUUUUAUCUCCAAACUGGAUAGAUGCACUUCUUAAAGGGAAAUGUGACCUUCCUUCUCUGACAGAUGAAGAAAAAUCUGUCAUUUCCAAGUUUUGUGUGAACGAGUCGUUGGCAGAGACGUUUCUGAAAGCGGUUUUGGAGAAGAUCAAGGCGGAGAAAGAGUCUAUGGGACAUGAACUCCUGCAGUCUCUCUGUAGGGUUUAUGUUGGAUUGUGUCAAAAGAGAGGAGACUCUCAUAAAGCACAUGCCCUCGCCUACAGAUUUCUCAAAGAAGACUUUUCUCAAGCCCCAAAACUGAUAAUGGUCAUGGUGACAGCAUGGCCAAGUGUUUUCUCCUGUAACAGCCCUUUAUGCAGAGCCGUUCACAUCGUGUGCAAAAUGAAGGCAUACGGAAAGAUUUAUUACUUGCUCAGCAAAUAUCUGCACUGGGAUACAGAGCCUCCUGGAGACAUCUACAGAGCCAUCACCAGCACACUGAAGGCUCUUCUGAAAGACAAAAGUCUGACUUUCCAGAAGAGCAGUUGGUAUGGUGAUGAUCUCUGUCCUGCUGCCUGGGACUACGUAUUCAGCCUGGACCUUCUCUGUGCACAACUGGGCUGGAUUUGGACCGUCUCCCAUGUUAUACGAAAAAGUGUGUGGCUCAUUUUGAAUACUUGGCUGAAACAAACACAAACAGAGGAAACAAAGUUCAGAAACGUCUCUGUAGCAGCAAUAUUCAGGCUACUUGGGCGACUUGGCCAAAAUGGCCUUAAGGAGAACGUGGCAGCAUCAGUUGAGGAUCUGGUGAAAAGUGUAAAUGAGUUCAGGGGGCAAAAAGAUUUGCCGUGGGAGCUGCAGCUCGCAGUGGUUUAUGCCACUCAUGAUCUGGCACCCAGCAACCCCAAAGUCGCUCUGAACGCUUUGGAGUCGUGGAGAAAAGACCUCACAAAGCCCGUUCCUCCAGCCGUCACCAAGUGCCUGAAGCAGAUCAGCUUCCUCUGUUCUCACAUAAAGACAAAAAAAAUGAUCACAUUAAAUAAUGUUUAAUAGAUUAAAUUUUUUAUAUUUUUGUAGAUAAAUAAAUAAAAUACAUAAUAGAUCUGCACAGUGUUAUUGAUUGUCUCUUUACAGUGGCGGGUCGUGCAUUUUACACCCAAUCAUCUGCCUUC